AUGGAAGUUCUUCUGAAAACCGGAGCGGACCCCAAUGCAAGUAGUGCUUCAACACUGCUUCCGCUCAGUGUUGCUGCAGUAUGGUGCGAAAUCGAUGUGAUUCAACUCUUGAUAAAGUAUAACGCAAACGUCAACGCCCGCGAUCCUUUGGGCGAGACACCACUGGAGUCAGCGUGUAACGCAAGACAAAGGAUGCCCGCACAAAAAGUGAUAGCAACUAUCAAGGUCCUUCUAGAUCACGGCGCAUUGGUGAAUAUCACCUUUUCCUACGGAGAAACGAUCCUCGGCCACAUCUUCGAGAUUCGCCAUUGGGAAAAUGAAGAGCUUGCUGCCCUUCUCAACCUUACCCUCUCGGACCUUGCAGAUUUCCAAGAGAUCUCUCGAUCUCGUACAAGCUAUAUAGAAUGGGUUUGGCUGCGCCUGGAAUUCCCUAAGUAUACCUCUCCGACUCACCAGGAUCCGGAAUCUUUGGAGGAGUCUCGAGCCCACAAUGGAAUAUUCACAAACGCCGUCUGGAGCUUGUUCAAAAUCCUUAGCACCUGGGAGACACGAUCAAGCAGUGGCAUUACAUUGGAGCUUAGUGCGCAUUCCCUUGCCGAUGCGCGUUUUGAUUAUAAGCAUCUCAAAUGGCGCAUCAAUGACACGGCGUGGAAGCGUCAUGAUAGCCCGGGGCCGAAAAGAAUACUGCAACAUCCAGUGCGGCGCUGGACCCCAUCACACCAUCUUUCUAUAAGACGGCUGUUUGGAUCAGAUCCAGGACUCCAGUUUGAUCCAAGAGCAUUAGCAGCACAAAGUGGCAACACUUUACCGCAAGUACCAGUGAUAGAAUCCAUUUGUAUCCGCCGACAGUUCAUGAGAGCCUUUUCAGUGCGGGAUGGCCUGGACGAUAUAUUCCGGUCUACACCCAACCUUGCAGAUUUCAGAUACGAGACAUGGCGGGUAGUACCUGAGAAUGAUCGCUUUAACUUUCAAUAUGGUUACAACAACGGUCCAUUCAUCCGUGACUGGGAUCACACCUUGAUUUUUUCGUUGCUAUUAAGGCAAAGCAAGAACCUGAAACGAAUAGCUUUAUUCCAAGACGACAAUGUUGCUAUUCUGGGGAGAACAGAUUUACCGGACCCAGCACCAUUCCUCGGGUACAGUCUUGCACGAGCGAGUCACCAUCUAGAGGAAAUACAUGUCGGCAUGUUCCUUGAUGCUAAAGACUUCUUCUUCAGCUUUUGGCCGGGUACACGAAGUCCUCAACAACGAAACUUCCAAACUUUGCAAGUGGGACCCGAGGAGUAUUGGGGCCAGCUCCGUGAUCUCUCGCUGUGGUCUGUCCAUCUUCAGCCGAAUAAUUGGGAUAUACUAGUCACAGCAGCAGGUCUUGCCGCAAGGAGAAUGCCUCAGCUCAACAAGUUGGAGCUAUGGGGUGCAUUGCGUCCAGAUGCAUGCAUUUUCCGUUUUCGUCGAAGCGUACCCAGAGCAAAAAUAGAGCUGCUCAGUACUUGGGGCGCCGAGAUCACGCCCGAAGUGCACGAGGCAUGGGCUCAAGUGGCAAGAGAUCACGACUGCUACCUGGAGGCCGAAGAAUCCCGUCUACCCCGGCACAACGUAAUUGGGUGGCCCGUCAGAGGAAAGCACUGUAUUGUUGAAUACCUUCCGCAUCUGGAGUGCAAGGACAAGUUACUGAACGAGGUUUCACUACAGCUCCUCAAUGACCCGAAUUGA